GCUGUUGCUGAAAAAUUGGGGGAAUGGCGGCAUCUCAGAAUUUGGUACUAAAAAGCUUUAGUUGUAAUUCGCUAGGGUACUACCUUCAAACUCGCUUCCCGUUUCAUUGCCCUCCUCCAUCUUGUAUUUCCCAAAACCUAAAAAGCUUUCAUAAUCAUGGUCGGAUUUUUAUUACCCAUGCCAAGAAGAAGAGGAAUUCACCUCUUGUGAGAGAGGAAGAACAGCAAGUAGAUGAAGAUAUUGUAGCGGAACUAGAAGAAGAUGAUGAUGAUGAUGAUGAUGGUUUUGAUGAUUUCGAAGAUGAAGAUGGGGAAUUUAGUGAUGAUGAUGAUUUUGAUGAAGAUUUGUAUGAGAGCGACGAGGGUGAACUCUAUGUUGGAGAUGGAGGGGGUGGGGGUGGCAUUUCACUUGCUGGGUCGACGUGGGAUAAAGAAGCGUUGGCUAUAGCUGAGGAAGUUUCAAGUUCACUUGAUGGUGACUUAAAAAUAUAUGCAUUUAAGACACUUGUGAAUUCAACCAUUCGAGUUCGCAUUGAGAAGCUCUCAAACAAGUCUAGUUCUCCAACUAUGGCGGACAUUGAAGCAUUCUCUUCUGCUUAUAGAGCACGGUUGGACGAAGCAGAGGAGGCUGGAUCUGUGCCCAAGAAUGUGUCAUUGGAGGUCUCUUCACCGGGUGUCGAAAGAGUUGUUCGUAUUCCACAAGACCUGGACCGGUUCAAAGAUCGGGCUAUGUACGUGAAGUAUUUUCUAGAGUCUGUUGAUGAAACAGGUGGUGUUGCGAUAGAAGAAGGAGAUGGUAUUUUCAGGCUUGUUUCUUUUGAUUUGGAUUUGGCAGUUUGUGUUUGGGGUAUCGCUGAUGUGAGGGUUAAUAGAGAGAAAGCAGGGAAAGGAAGACCGCUUAACAAAAAACAAAGAGACUGGCGUUUGAACACACCAUUUCAGUCUUUACGGUUAGUUCGUUUGUAUUCUGAUACCUGAAUUUUUGCUUAAUAUAUCACGUACACAGAAGUGACGUGGGAGUAUGAUUACGUAAAGGGAGCUGAAAUAGAUAGGAAGAAAUAGAGGUCUGGUUAUCUGGAAGAUGGUUAGAGUUAGAAGUAUAUGUAACUAUUUAUCAUGUCUAAUUUCAGAUGCCUGAAUACACGGCCUAGAAUUUAAUUUGCAAUUUUUUUUGUGUUGUUGUAACAGUAUUUCAAAAGCUUAGGUAUCAAAGACUAUUGCGUUC